CAUAGUGGGAGACAGCCCCCUGUUGGUGGAGGACUGUAUGCCCAACUCUCCAGCAGGACGGAGUGGACUGCGAGCAGGUGACUAUGUGAUGGAGGUGAAUGGGAUUCCAGUGAAACAGCAUGAGACGGCGGCCGCCAUGAUCAAGGCCUCUCAGGGACGUACGCUCCGUCUGGGUGUGCUCCGUAUAAAUCGCUGGAAGAAACGGAUGAGUAGCAGCAUGAAAGAGACCUAUCAGAGCGGAGACAUCGUCAGACAGGACCGCAAGUACAAAGCUCUUGAGUUCAACAAGAAGGUCGAGGAGAUUUUAGGGGAGGAGCCUGAAGUGAAAGAGAGGCUUUUUGAUUUGCUGAAGCAGUAUGCAAAUGAGAGGGAUGUUGAAGGGCUGGCUUCCACCCUUCCAGAAAUACUGCUCACUGAGGAGCAUCAGCAGCUGAUUGACAGCAUCAGGAUCUUCAUCCCUAAGAAGCACAGGCAGCGUUUUGACGAGAUGGUCUCUCAGAGUCUGAUGAGUCGCUUGAGGGGUCGAAGUUUCAGUGAGCACAGGAACAAUCGGCUUCGUCGCAGCCGGAGUGAAGACCACCCUGACCGUCUGCUGUCUGUGUCCACUCGAGCAAGCUCUGUGCCCCGGACCUCCAAUGAGGAAGUGGUGAUGCCUCCUGCCCGUGGCCUCCGCAAGACCACCUCGCUCAUCGCUGGACAUUCCAGCUCUUUCUCAGCUCGCAGGACAGUACGAGUAUACAAAGGGAACCAGAGUUUCGGGUUCACUCUUCGUGGUCAUGCUCCAGUCUGGAUUGACUCUGUAAUACCAGGCAGCCCUGCUGAGAAAGCGGGUCUCAAACCUGGAGAUCGCAUCCUGUUUCUCAACGGUUUGGACAUGAGGAGUUGUUCACAUGAGAAGGUGGUGUCCAUGCUGCAGGGCAGUGGAGCAAUGCCCAGCCUGGUGGUUGAGGAUGGACCACCAGCCUUCACCAUGACUGAACCUGAGCAGGUAGAGGUGUCUCCUCGCUCCCGUGCUCCUGUGCUCAGCUCUCUACAGUGGGUUGCUCAGAUCCUGCCUCCCAGUAUCCGUGUACAGGGUCGCACCUUUAGCCAGCAGCUUGAGCACCUCCUUACCCUCCAGGAGAGAUACACCAUCUGCAAAGCCCUAGAGGCCUUCUUCCAACACAGAAAUGUAGACACUUUGAUUGUGGACGUGUUUCCUGUGUUGGAUACCCCAGCAAAGCAGGUGAUCUGGCAGUUUGUUUACCAGCUGCUUACCUAUGAAGAACAGGAACACUGCCAAAACAAAAUCUCACGAUUCCUUGGCUAUAAAGUCACACUACCAGCAUCAGAACAUGAACAUCCAGCCCAUGAGCCUCACCGGCGCAGCAGCUCCAUGAAGGUCACAGGAACCACAUACAGAAGCAGUGUGAGGGAACGCAUCUCAGAUGAUCUAGUUAUUGGCACCCACCUGGGAAUGGGGAUUUGCACUGAGCCGGUGGAGGUGGCCCCAAUGAGAUUGACUCCUGGAGAGAGACAAUCAGGGGAUGGAACUUCUUUACCAGAAACACCCAACAAUCUCACCAAUCUGUCAGCAGUGUAUGCCGAGCUAGAGAAUGUCUAUGCUGGGAAAAGAUCCAAAUCCCUGAAGAGUCGACCCCCUCCAACUCAUGACACACUGGUUAGUGUGGAUGUCUUCCCACACUCUUCCUCACAGUCCGUAAGGGCUCACUCGUCCUCUCCAUCUGUUCGGGCCACUUCAGGUAGCCGCAAAUGUACAUCAGCACAGCCUGCACCUCCUCCCCCCCAGCAUGAAUCUUGGACAGAGGAGUUGUCACUUAGUCCCCAGUGCCCUUGCUACCCUCCAGUUCUUCCCUCCCAAACAAGUGCUGAAUCCAACCCUUACAUCAGUUUGGACAGCCCAUCUCUCUCUCCACCCUCUCCACCCGAUUACCCUGCGAGUCCACCAAUUCGCAAGAAGCGCUACACCUUCUCACGCCCACCCCAUACCCCGGACACAGAUCUAUUUAUGGAGGCCCUGAGUGAGCAGUUGGGACAGCAGUUAUCUGUGGAUGACUUUCUAUCACCAGAGAAUGACUAUGAAGAGAUGACCUUCGAGAAUGAGGAAGAGGAGAUAGAGGAGGAGGAGGAGGAGGAAGAGGGUCCAUACAUGCCUCCAGAGCUAAGCAGUCCAAGCGAAGUGCAUAGUAGCAGCGAGGAUGCCAGCUCUCUCACCUACUCCUCUAGCUCCGAGCACAUUCCUCCACCCCCUUUGACUCCUCCACCCCCUCCCCCUGUCCAAUUCAAUGACCCCCCUCCACCUGCUGGCUUCACCCCUGACCACGCACCCCGUCAACUCACCUUCCGUCGCCACCCUGGACCUCCACCGCCACCUCCACCAAGGGCUAACCCGCCACCUAAAAGGCAGUCAAUUCACAAGGUGUUGCCCAUCCGUGACGAGAUGAUGACCCAACACCAUGUCCUUCAGGAUCAUCACUCACUUCCAGUGCAACCCACAGCUGGCCACUCCCAGCAACCUCAGCAGCAGAUGCACCAGUCUUUGCCCCCUAUACCUUCUCCAGAUACACCCAUACCCGGCCACGCAGUGUAUGAGAUGCACCAUCAGGUUCUUCCAACUCACCAGCUUCAUCAACACCACCAGAUUCAACAGAGUCAUCAGAUGCAUCAAGAUCAUCAAAAUAAACCAAGCCACCAAUCGCAGUCAAGUCAUCAAAUGCACCAAAGUCAUCAUACACACCAGACUAUUCCUACUCAGCUCUCUAGCUCCAUGGAUAGACUUGAUAGGAUUGAUCGAAAUGAACGCUCAGAUAGGCAUAUCUAUGAGAUGCAGCCUCAACCCUUGCAUUCAGAUCAAGAGGUUCACCAUGCUUAUAAGAUUCAUCAGAGUCAUCAGGCUCAUCUCUCGAGUUCCAUGGACAGGCUUGAUAGAUUGGAACAAAUGCAGCAUUUGGAGCGUAUGGAGCGGAUUGAGAGGCUGGAGAGAGCAGACCGACAAAUGCAUCAGGCGCACAUAGCUCAAGCCAUUUCUCAAGCUAUUCAUCCAUCUCAGCAGCCUCAUCAGACUCAACAACAGUAUCACCACCAGACGCAUCAGACUCAUCAAGCCUACACACCAACCCAGCCUCCAAAACCAUCUCGCCACAUUCACCAGAUUGAACACAUACACCAGGUUCAGCCCAUUCAGACUGCUCCUCAGUACCACCAGAUCCAUCAACCCCACCAACCUCACCAGACACAACAGAUUCUGUCCACCUUCCAGCCCCAUCCUUCACAACACCAACAACAACAGCUUGACCAGCAACAGCAGAUGCAGCAGCAGCAACAGAUUCAACAGCAGCAGCAGAUUCAACAGCAGCAGCAGAUUCAACAGCAGCAGCAGCUUCAACAGCAGCAUCAACUUCAACAACAGCAUCAACUUCAACAACAGCAGAUUCAGCAGCAACAGAUUCAGCAGCAGCAGCAGCAGCAGCAGCAGCAGCAGCAGCAGCAACAACAACGCUCCACUCCCUCCAUUGUACAGGCCAGACAGAGCCCUCAACCCAUGUACCACGAUCAUCGCCAUCCUCACCAUCAUCAAGGCCAUGAUGAAGCCCAGUCCCAAGUGCAACCACCAAGUACACCCCAACAUCAAAGCCACCACCACACUGAAGAGUCCACUGUGGAGCCACCACCUCCUCCACCUUUACCCCCACCUUGCGUGCCUCCUCCUCUCCCAAAGGCCUCACCACAAAAAUCGGAUUCCAGUCAUAUGAGUGUGAAGAGGUUACGCUGGGAACAGGUGGAAAAUUCAGAGGGAACCAUUUGGGGACAGUUGGAAGAAGACUCUGAUUAUGAUAAGUUGAGUGACAUGGUGAAAUAUCUCGACUUGGAGCUUCAUUUUGGGACACAAAAGAACCCUGUUUCUCUUCCAGAGCCCUUACCUCAGACAGAGACUUUCAAAAAGAAAGACUUUGUAGAGAUUCUCUCCCAUAAGAAGGCCUACAAUGCUUCAAUCCUGAUUGCCCAUCUGAAGCUGUCACCAAGUGAACUGCGGCAGGUGCUGAUGACGAUGUCGAGUGAACGUUUGGAGCCUCCACACAUUAAACAGUUGCUGCUGUAUGCACCAGAUGAUGAUGAAGUCAAACAAUAUGCACAGUACAGAGAUGACCCAAGCAAACUCAGUGAGCCUGACCAGUUUGUCCUACAGAUGCUUUCAGUGACAGAGUAUAAGACCCGUUUGAAAAGCUUGCAUUUUAAGACUACAUUACAAGAGAAAACGGAAGAGAUGAGAGGGGCCUACGACUGCAUUUUCAAGGCUUCACUGGAGCUCAAGAACAGCAAAAAACUGGCUAAGAUUCUGGAGUUUGUAUUGGCCAUGGGGAAUUACCUGAAUAAUGGCCAACCAAAGAGCAAUAAAACAACUGGCUUUAAGAUCAAUUUUCUUACUGAACUCAGCACCACCAAAACAGUAGAUGGAAAGUCAACAUUUCUUCAUAUCCUGGUGAAAUCAUUGUGCCAGCACUUUCCUGGGGUUCUGGACUUUGGCAAGGAGCUUAUGACAGUGCUACAAGCUGCCAAAGUAAAUCAGAAAAACAUCACCUCUGACUUUAAUGACCUACAUGCCACAAUCCAGGACAUUCGUUUAGCCUGCCAAAAGAUGCCAGCCAGUGCUGAGGAUCGUUUUGCUGUUGUUAUGAGUGGUUUUCUGGAAAACAUUCACCCUGCAGUGCAGUCUCUAGAGUCUCUACAGCAGAGAGCGAUGGAAGAGUUCUGUAAAGUCGCAUCCUUCUUCGGUGAGGAUGGAAAGGCCACCACCACAGAGAGCUUCUUCGGUAUCUUUGCUGAGUUCAUUGCUAAAUUUGAGAGAGCUCUGAAUGACAUCCAGACCACAGAAAACCCUCCACGCAGUCCCAGGAGUCCCCGCACGGCCUCUCCUUUAGCCUGGUGAAGAAAUCACCCCACAUUUGUCCAACAUUGUCAUACACACAAACACACACAAAUGCUCACUUACAUAUACUUCAAUAUAUACUAAUCCACAGAUUUAGUGAUGAUGUGGUGAUUCCUGGACACUGUAGCAAUCCCGUGCAAACCCCCCAGGGUCCUGCUGAGUUGUAUAGGUGAAUUUUUCAAACAAAUACAGGUUGCACAGGACUGCUUCUAUAGAAGCAUCAAUGGUGCAGGGAAAUGGCACAAAUUGUUUUAAAGGCGAAAAGAACACAAGUUUCCUCUUAUUUAGAUUUAGUGAAAGAGUCUGAAGAAUUAUGUACAGGAUGAACUGCAACUGAUUGAUUUUGGCACUGCGAAACCAGAGAACAUUUUUGCUUCUCGCAGAUUGACAGGUCAAAAUUUGGGGCAAAAAUUGCCACCAAAGUUUUUUCAGUGGAUUUUGUAAACCUAAUAUGUGCAUUUAGAUAAGAAAAUGUAUAUUAUAUUUAAUAUUAGAUGUAAUUAACAUAACUGAAAGGGUGAAUUCAGGUAAACUGGGCUACUUUUUGACACUCAUUUGAAUGUAAAAAGUGACCCAGUUUACCUGAAAU